AUGGCAGGGCCUUAUGCAAGUCCAGGCUGGUCAGACCUCCCCAUUGAUCUCCUGGUCCGCAUCCUGAAUCUCCUGGAGCUACCUGAGGCUCUCGCCUUCCGAGCUGUCUGUCCGUCAUGGCGCUCUGCCUCUACUGUGGACACCACCGGCGUUCCACAUCGCUGCAUGCCAUGGCUCGUGUCCUUGGCGGCGGAGCCUCUCCCUGGAAGCAAAAAAAGUAGUAAGCUGUGGGAUCCCACUGUUUCUUCCAAGUUCAUUAACCUUGUGGACGAGAAAACUUAUAAGGUCAGUUUCCCCCGGGGCCAGGCUGUGGCCUGCUGCGGCGCCUCCCACGGCUGGUUGGUUGUGGCUAAUGGACUCUCUGAUCUCGUCCUCUAUGACCCCUUCACCGCGGCGCUAGUUCCACUUCCGCCAAUCACCAGCUUCCCGUUGUGCAUCGAGGGGGUCUAUGGAGACAAAGGGAAUGUCGUGGGCUACCGUUACGUUAGUGACGGUAACACCCCGUGUAGUAACCGUGUUCAUGACGUGGAUUCUUUGGGCAUGGAAUUGUACGACAAAGUUGUGCUCUCCGGCUCUCCGUCUGACGGUGACACCAUUGUCUUGGCUAUCUACUUAGAUGGCUCGCAACUCUCUUUUACGAGAGUAGGAGACAAUUCUUGGCGGCAUGUGUCGGCGAUAAGGGGAAGCAACGAUAGUUUUUCUGAUUGUGUCUACCACCGUGGUAGGUUCUUUGUGAUGACAAUGGAAGGUUCAUUGAAGUCUUGGGACCUUAGUGGACUGCAUGGGCUGAAAAAGAGAACGAUCAUUGCAGAGGACGAUGGUGACUUCUGUGAUAUUAUCACGAGAUACCUAGUUUCAACUCCUUGGGGACAUCUUCUGCAGGUACGUGUCAUUCUCGACACUGAUCAGGAAAACUGUGUCAAGGUUGAAAUAGACAGAUGUGAUCUCAAGAGUCGCAAAAUGGUUGCACUGACCCCUUUGAAGGCUCUGCGGGGACUUGCAGUGUUCCUGGGACAGAAUAGCCCAGGUUUUGUACCCAUGAAUAAAUUCCCACAGCUGAGACCCAACUGUAUCUACUUCACAACUCCACGACUCAGGAAUGACAGCACUUUUGAGCGUCGGUAUAACCAAUGGAGUGGUGUAAAGAUCUAUGACUUGGAGAAGCAAACACUGGAACCUGCUUUUCCGUCGGGUGGUGGUAACUAUGGAACAAUCUAUCCGUCGGAAGUCUGGUUCACACCGAGCCUGUGA